AUGACAGCUCAGCCAGAAUCAUUUAAAUUUAGUCCUCAAUGGAUUAAGGAAUUACCAGAUGAUGCGUUUAACCCCAGGAGACAUUCAAGUCAUAGUCCAACUGAAGACCGUGCUUCUAGCAAAUCCCCAAAUUCAUUUCCGAAUUUCAUCCAAAAAUAUAAUCGUUUUGAUUCUUCAAAUUCUGCACCUGCCGACAAGCGGAAAGAUAUGGUUUCAGGCAAAGCUUUCCAUUCUUUCUGGCCAGACGAUACCAUGUAUGCACCAUCUGAAGUGGAAACGAACAGUCAGGGACAAUCUUCCAGAGAGGUAACCAAACAGUAUCCACUCAGCGUACAGUUUUCCGACUCCAUAUAUGUCCAGAAACCCAAUGCUAAUCAAGUCAACAAUCCUGCUAGUCAUUGUGUUGACACCAACAAACAAGCAAUGCACUGGAUCCAGAAGUCCUCUUUGACUUCUUCUGAACAGCGUUGGCAACUUCACUCAGACUCAGUCAUCGAAUUGUCCGCCAAAGUACCAGAUACAAUUAGCAUGAGUGCAGCAGGCCUUUCUUUACCUUCAUCAAGCACUCGAUCUCAUGAAGUGCAGCAUGUAGGGGGUUCUCUCUUAUCAGGAAACUCGUCGGUUGUAAGCAACGCAACGGUGAAUAUAAAUUCCAUCUUGCCUGAUGGUGUUGUCUCGGCUCCCCGGUCAGAUUCGCAUAGUCAAAUUAAUACUGAUUCACUUAGUAAUCAGAGUAAACGAGCUGUCAGUGCUUAUUAUGGAAUCAAGGAUCCAGACAAGAAUUUAGAUUCCAGUAUCAAUUCAAACGCAAUAUGGAUGCAGCAGCAUAUAUGGUCAAAGUCUGUUCCACAACACUUACAUGGUUUUCACCCCACUGAUUCUACAUCCAAUUCUGUAUCCAAUUUCUGUGGGGUCACCUCUGCAGAAACUAAUAGACAUUCUAGCUUCAGCGUUCCCAACGCCGACAACAUACAUAAUUUUCUCUCACAGUUACCUGCAUUUGACCGACUUGUGCAGUCGAAUUCAAGUCAUGCUUAUCCGUUGUCGAAUAAUAAUGUUCAACAUCCUUCCAACAUAUUGAGUGAAGAAAGCGGUUUCGUUAGACAUAGUGGACCAGACCAGUCGGACGAACAUAUGUGGCUGUAUGAAGAUCCACAGGGUCGGACACAGGGUACUUUUAGUGAUGCUCAAAUGAAUGAAUGGCUUAUGGCUGGGAUUUACUUCACUCCAGAUCUUCGUAUACGACGUAAAUGUGAUGAUACGUUUUCUACUCUUGCCAAUUACACACAGCUGUUUGAACGUGUUCCAUUUGUUUCUGGUCCUCGAGUACCCCCUAUUCGUGGAGAGAUCAAUCAAACUAUGUUAGCCCUGUCUACAUCCAGUUUCUUGAGUAAACCGAAUUUCAGAAACUCCGAUAACCCCCCAAUAGAUUUACUACCUUGUCGUAAUCCAACUAAUCAUGAUCACUUAGAUGGUAGUAGAGUGAGUGCAAGUAUCGUUGGAAAUUCCGCAGUUGACACUAGUCGUUCAUUGUUGUCAGAACCACAGCAUCAAUUGUAUCAACGACUUUCAGACUUUCCCACAUCAGCUGCUAGCGUUACAACAUCUGUUACCAAAGUUUCUGCACCUACUUGCCAGAUUACUGAAGAGAGUCUUAACUCCACGAAAUCCAGAAGCUUGGCGUAUGGCCUUAGCAACGAGUCAGUUCCAGUGAGUGUACAAAUGUCCGUGUUAAGUAAUUCAAUCAAUAAUUUGAGAAUUGGGGACACUGAAUCAAGUUUUAAAUCUGUAUUAGACAAUCCUAAUAAUAUUCAGCAUCAAAAACAGGCAGUUACUUCAACCUCCACAUUCACGAACUUAGCUCCUCUAAUUCCACUGAAUCAGUCCUUCCCAUCUUUUAACUUGCCAUUCCCUUCCAGAAUUCAGGGCACCAACGGAACUACUAUGGAUGAUCUUACUUCAACAGCUAGUUCAUUCCUAUCUCCAGGAUUUUGGUCAGUUUUAACUCAGUACUUAAACUUGCAACCCACAAAUUCAAAUCAAACUUCUACUCCUAUGCAACAGCUCGCAGAAACAGCACAAUUUGCUGCCCAGCUCGCAGCUUUGGUUGGAUCUCAUAGUCCAGAUCAAACUCCUAUGCAGCCCGCUCAGGCGUUAGCUUUAGCGCAAUUUCUGAUGACUCGAGGACUUGGACUGGGUAGUGUUAAUGCAGAAGCCGGCUCUAAUGGUUUACUCACUAGUAAGAAAGACGAACCUUUUGAUAACGUGUGCACUGCCGAUUCAUCUGCGCUCCAUACUUCGGAAAUCAAUGCUGUUAACGAUCGACGUCAAGAAUCUCAAGCACAGUGGCCUACUCUUAGUUCCACACUAAAUCAAAAUGUAUCUCAUUGUAAUGAAGGACGACUUAAUUCAGGGUCGUUUAACAAGGUAUCUAGUGAGUUAUCACAUGGGAAAAACUGUUCAAACACCUUAUCAGAAAAUUCGUUUGCUGUCGAACAAAAUCUUCAUAACUACCGUCCAAAUAAUUUAAACAAGUCCCAGUCUACACUUUCUAAGCCGUCAGCUAGUCCUCGGUCGACCAAUGUCAAGUCUAAAAUACUGCUAGAUUCACAUUUAUCUGAACCUGUCCAGUCAGUUUCUUUAGAUGGAUAUAAUCGUAUUCAGCAAAAUGGACGAGGCUCAAAAAAUACUGAAGUUUACUCUGGAACGCCUGUACGCGGUACAGAGCAGAAACAGACGGUAAUUAAUUUGUCCCGAACAGGUUCGACAAAUCAGAACAGACUUAAGGGGGCCAAAUCAACUAAUGUCCGGUCACCUACAAAGACAGCUGUCCAAAGCAAUUCUUUGUCAUCCCAGACAUCCAGCGCAAACAUUUGUCCUGAAGCAACGUGCACUUCGAUUGCAUCCAAUUCGGAGACAGAUUCUGAUCAGACAGUUGAGGAGGAACUCAAGAAGCUUACUCAAUGGUGCCAGUCGAGGCUUGGUUCGAUGACAAUGCGUGAAAAGGUGGAUAUCCCUACUGUUGUUGAGUUACUGGCUACACUAGAUGCUCCUUACGAAGUUGAACGUAUGGUUCAGACGUUUCUUGGCGAAACUGCUCGUACAGCCCAAUUUGUGAAGGAUUUCCUCGAUCGUCGUCGGCCUUUUUGGCAGUUACAUAGAAAACGCCGGGAACAAGAGAGUACAAUCCAAACAUCAACAUGUCAAAAUUCCUCUAAUCAGCCUACAAGCGCAGUUCGAUCAACAGAGAAAAAGAAACGUGCCAACGCGAAUGAUACCACUACUAAUAAUGCACAGCGACAGAAUUCAGGUGUUUGCAAUGGAUCGAGUUGGAAUAAAUCAGAUUCUACUCACUUAUCUAAUGUUGAACAAGUUCAGGACAACCAGUGGCAUCACAUCAAACCUAAAGGAAGUCAUAAUCGUAAAAGCAAAAAAGAUAAAUCUACGUGA